AUGCAUCCAAUAUCUGAGUGUGGAUCUCAAAGGAUUCACCAUCAAAAAUGGGGAAAAAAAACGUUGCCCUAUGUCUUCAAAGACGUCAUGGGCUUGGAACCUGAUGUAUUGAAAGGGUCACAGACAGAAGACAUCAUCAAUGCUGUGAUUGGCAAUGUGAAGGAUGGCUAUAAAUUCAACAUGGAGCAGCCACUCACUCAUAAGGAUCAACAUCACAGCUGUGCCCCUGAACUCUCAGAUCUGACUUUCUGUUUGGUUUACAUCAUAGAUGCCAAUACUGUCCAAUUUACAGAUGAUCGACUUAUUGACAAGUUGAAGGUCAUUCGCCAAAGAAUCAGUGAUAAGGGGAUUCCUCAAGUGGUUGUCAUGACCAAAGUAGAUGAAGCAUGUCCGCUGGUCCAAAAAAAUCUGAGGAAGGUGUACACUAGCAAGGAAAAGGUGCGUGAUAUCAUCCAAAGGCAUACAUGUGACACUUACUGUGACAUAUUGGCUAUCUUGAUCUGA